CACAACAAAAUAAAGAUGAGCCCAAUGUUGUCAAUAAAAUUGCUUUUGUGGUUCCUGUUUUUGUCAUGGUGCCACUUUGCCAUCCCAUGCUGCGAGGCCAACCAACAAGGGGAAUAUCUCUAUAAGUUUAUUCGAUCAAGGAGGGCUCAAAAACGCUCUUAUGGAGAAGCUUCUUCAAUGGCCACAAAUCUUGGUGGUGAUGGAAAAUUUUCGAAGGUUUAUGUUGUUAAGGAACAAUCUGGGUUGAUGGAAGGUGACAAAGUGAAGGCUUUGCCGGGACAACCAGCACAAGGGGUGGAUUUUGAUCAAUAUGCUGGCUAUGUCACGGUGGAUGCCAAGGCAGGGAGAGCACUGUUCUAUUACUUUGUGGAGUCACCUCACAAUGCUUCCAACAAGCCCCUUGUUCUAUGGCUAAAUGGAGGGCCUGGCUGCUCUUCCUUUGGGUAUGGAGCCAUGCAAGAACUCGGACCUUUUAGAGUCAACAGUGAUGGAAGAACACUUUACACAAAUCAAUAUGCAUGGAACAAUGUGGCAAACGUGAUUUUCCUAGAGUCUCCAGCAGGAGUUGGUUUUUCAUAUUCAAACACUUCUUCUGACUACACUAAAACUGGUGACAAGAGCACAGCUAUGGACUCUUACACUUUUCUUCUAAACUGGCUCGAGAGAUUUCCACAGUACAAAACUCGAGACUUGUUCAUCACUGGAGAAAGCUAUGCUGGACAUUAUGUCCCUCAGCUUGCUGACACUAUUCUCACUUAUAAUAAGCUUACAAAUCACACAGUGAUCAACCUGAAAGGGAUUGCGGUUGGGAAUGGCUGGAUAGAUGAUAAUAUGUGUGGAAAGGGAAUGUAUGAAUAUUUCUGGACACAUGCUCUGAACUCUGAUGAAACCCAUGAGGGAAUUCAAAGGCAUUGUGACUUUGAGAACGGUAACUUAACAAGUGAGUGCAGCAAAUAUCAAAUUAGAGGGGAUAUUGAGAUUGGAACCAUUGACAUAUAUGGCAUAUAUGCUCCCCCUUGUGAUUCAGCUGCAACAAAAGCUGGUGCCAGUCCUGCCACUAACUCUGAUAGCAAUUACGACCCUUGUUCUGACGAUUAUACCAAUUCCUACUUAAAUCUCGCGGAAGUACAAGAGGCUCUACAUGCUAAAGCUUCAGUAUGGUAUCCUUGCAGAGGGGUGGGAUGGACAGAUAGCCCAGCAACAAUUCUACCAACUAUAAAUCGGUUAAUAUCAAGUGGCAUAAACACCUGGAUAUAUAGUGGCGAUACAGAUGGGCGUGUUCCCAUAACAUCAUCUAGGUAUUCAAUAAAUUCCAUGAAACUUCCAGUGGAGACAACAUGGCGUCCAUGGUAUUCUAGCAAUGAGGUUGGAGGAUACUUGGUUGGGUACAAAGGGCUCACACUAAUCACUGUAAGAGGAGCUGGGCACAUGGUUCCAAGUUACCAACCGCAGAGAGCCCUAACCAUGAUCUCAUUUUUCCUACGAGGAGAACUUCCUCCUGAGUUCACCUCUUAGGUCUCUAUUUGGUAGAUGUCCUCAAAAUAGAUGUGAAAAUUUGAUGAGUUUCAUUUGCAAAUUCAUCAAUAAGAUUUUCACCUCUAAUUAGGAAAGAAAAAACAUUCUUUUAGAUCAGUAUGUAUUCUUAUAAAGGUAAAAAUUCAAGGACGAGUUUAUAUAAAUAAGUUAUAUAAAUAAUUCGUUUAUCUGUC